AUGAGUACGAUAAGAAGGUAUCGGAACAUAUCUGCAGGUCUCAAGACGCGCAGGCGCGUAACUGCAGCACACUCAGACAUUCGCUGCACCAAGUCGUCGUCUCGUCGGUCCACGACAGCACUUCAAUGGAGAGCGUCGGCUAAGGCGCACAGUAAAGCAAAAGGAUUUGUGUUUAAAGCACCAAUUUGCAAUACUGGAAAGUCAAAGUCAAAACCCUCAGUGGAUGCGCUAAUGGAACACUUUCAUUCGCUAUCCAAAGCACAACGGUUUAACAUUAUGACUAAAGUGGCUAGCAAGUACACAAAAGAGCUUGAGAUGCUGCUAAAGGCUGCUGAUACUGACCGAGAUGGUUUACUGAGUCACGAUCAAUUACGUGGUCUUCUCACGUCUCGCUUUCGUCUUCGUCCAGUUGCUAGCCUUCAUCCAGUAGCAUCUCUCUCUUCUCGAGCUUUAUCUCCACCAACACGUCGUCAACUUAAGCUUGUGAUGAUCGGCUCUGCCAUCCCAUUCGUAGGCUUUGGACUUGUGGAUAAUUUGAUUCUACUGGUUGCAGGAGACGCAAUUGAGACGCACUUUCACUCAUCUUACGCUAUGUCAAUGCUAUGUGCUGCUGCACUUGGCAAUACGGUGGCUGACGUAGUUGGUCUGAGUUUGGGCGGUGGGAUCGAAUCUAUGGCUCGACGUAUGGGCAUUCCAGACCCCAUGCUUUCCAAAGCUCAAGCCAACAUGUCGAUUACGUUAUGGUGCAAUUUUAUAGCUUCUGCAGGUGGCAUUACACUUGGAUGCUUGAUUGGUAUGAUACCUUUGCUUUUCAUGAAUCACGACGCAUACGAAGAAGAGCAAUCAGAUGGGUGUGUCUGUCACAUUCAAUUCGAGCCACUCACGAUACAGAAGCCAGUCUUUUAUUCUCAGAGCGCUACCAAGCGGUGGCUCGGUGACAAGUCCACAUGGCCUGUAAUUGUGACCUGCGUGGCCGCUGCUGGACUUUGCACAGCGCAGUGUGUGCGCUACUUGGCUGGCCAUCCGGAUGUGAAUUGGAACAAGCAGAAUCGCAAGGAUAUGUUUCGCUACAACGAAGAAGCUGGUGCUGACUGGCAAGCACACCGUCGCAAACUGGCUACGAUCCACAAGAAUGCCAUUAAUGAGUCCAAGGGCCUGAACAAUUAA